AUAAAACCCUGGCUAAAACCCAUAAUAAGCGUUGCUUGACUGCUGCAUAGUCCUCCUUUCUUUCGGCCCCUUCCCAUUUGUACCUCACCAUUACCCUGAGAUUUUGCGGCAAAUUCCUCCUCCGAGAAACAAGAGACGACAAUGGCGGGGCUUGUACCUCCUGGUACCUCAUCCGAUGCUUCCAAGCCGGCUCAUUCCAAAGCUGAUGAGAAAACUGAUUACAUGAAUCUCCCUUGCCCUAUUCCUUAUGAAGAGCUCCACCGCGAAGCUCUCAUGUCUCUGAAGCCAGAAACUUUUGAAGGAUUGCGAUUUGAUUUCACCAAAGGACUAAAUCAGAAAUUCUCACUCAGUCACAGUGUGUUUAUGGGCCCAACAGAAAUCCCUUCUCAAUCUGCUGAAACCAUUAAAAUUCCUACUGCUCACUAUGAAUUUGGUGCCAACUUCAUUGACCCGAAUUUGAUGCUUAUUGGGAGGGUGCUGACUGAUGGUAGACUCAAUGCAAGACUGAAAUGGGAUUUGUCUGACAAUUUUACUGUGAAGGCUAAUGCUCAGCUCUCAAAUGAGCCUCAUAUGUCACAUGGCAUGUUCAACUUUGAUUACAAGGGUAAAGACUUCAGGUCUCAAUUCCAAAUGGGAAAUGGUGCGCUAUUUGGAGCUAGUUACAUCCAGAGUAUAACACAACAUUUAUCCUUAGGUGGUGAAGUAUUUUGGGCUGGUCAGCACCGAAAGUCAGGCAUUGGUUAUGCUGCCCGAUAUGAAACAGAUAAGAUGGUUGCUACAGGGCAAGUUGCAAAUACUGGAAUUGUUGCUUUGAGCUAUGUUCAGAAGGUAUCUGAUAAGGUUUCUCUCGCGACAGAUUUGAUGUAUAACUACAUGUCAAGAGAUGUAACAGCAAGUGUCGGCUACGAUUACAUCCUUAGACAGUGUCGUUUGAGGGGAAAGAUCGAUUCCAAUGGAUGCACAACCUCGUAUCUGGAAGAGCGAUUAAAUAUGGGCCUAAACUUCAUUCUCUCUGCAGAGAUAGAUCAUAGGAAGAAAGACUACAAAUUUGGAUUUGGAUUGACUGUGGGGUGAUUCAUUUUUUGUUCCACAUUUAAAAAAAAAGGGCAGUUUGAAGUAGUUUAGUUUCUUGGGUCACACCUUUAGAAUCUGGGUUGAAGAUUGAAACAUUGAAUUUGUACUUGAAAUUGAUGCUUUUAUUGGAGCUGAUGAAGCAAUUUUAAUGGUUGUUGUUGGUUUAACGCUUGCCAUUUUCACUUUUAAGAGAUGUAUUUCUCAAAUCAAAUGCAAUUUGAGAUGACAAUUUCAUAGGA